GGAGAGGGCGCAGUACCGCGCUAUCCUCCGUAUCGUUGACACGUCGAGCGGAAAGAGUGCGAGAAGGAAAAAGAUCGAGGAGGGAAAAGUGAAGGAGAGACGGAUCGCGCGAUCUCUUCGCGCUCGCUCAUCAAAUCGACACUCGCGUUAAUCGUCCUCGUGCGUGAAUAAAUAAAUUUAUCUGUCCCGAUUACGGUGUCCGUCCGUGGAGAACUUCCGGCCUGCGACGUUUCCGGAGCGGCCUCGCGAACGCGUUUCAGUGGCGCGAAGUUGACUCUCUCUCUCUCCCUCUCUCUCGCCUUGUGUACUCUCGAUGAUCUAUCGGUGAAUCGAUCGUCCGGCGCAGAUCAUCCGGGGAGAUCGUCCGCGUGGCGCGUGGUGAACGGUUGUUAUUCGCGAGUGAAUUUGGUGAAAUUGUCCCGUGUGCCUAUAUCCCGAGGGAGCUGCGCCCGGCUGCGAGGGACGAUGCUGGCAUUCCUGUUCGCCGCGGCGCUCGCCGUCGCGAGGAUCCACGCUAGCCAGGUGACCAUGGACGCCAAGAUACGCGACGACUCCGACUUGUCCCAGUUUUACCAGCUUCUGGAAGCCAGUCAAGUGGCCAAUACUACCCUCACGUACCGCCACGUGACCGUGUUCGCGCCCACUAAUCGAGCAUUCCAGAAGUACAAUGGCAGCACGAAGAAUUUGGUUUUGUAUCACAUGUCGAACCGGCCUUUGACGAUCGAGGAGCUGAGGGAUUCGAUAUCCUCCGAGUUGGAAGGCAACCCACCCCUAUGGAUCACCAGGAGACCGGGCAAGUACAGCGUGAAUGUGUACAUUAACAACGCAAUGAUCCUUUUGGAGCAGAGCAACUUCCAAUCGAAAUUGAAAGUCAACGGCGACACUAUGACUCAAGUCCUGCACAUCAUAAACGAGGUCCUGGAGCCCGUGCGAUCCAACUCGGCGGAAUCGCCGAUCUACAACCCGAACGCCUUUCAAUUUCUAAACCAGAGCGAGAAUCUCAAUUUGGGCGACCAUCGCGUACGUACUUUCCGACAGCGGAUCGUCAUCGAGAAGAAGGAAGCCAUCUUCAAGGCCGAGGGUCGUUUCACGUUCUUCAUCCCCGUUGACGAAGGUUUCAAGCCGGAGCCGAGGCCGCAGAAGAUCGAUCAGCUGGUGAUCGACGGGCACGUUCUACCUAACGAGGUUCUCUUCACCGCGCCGACGCCGGACAAAGUGCCGUAUCCAACCCUCGUGUUCAACGACAAUCUCAGGGUCGUCGUCAGCUUUCUGAAGUCGCAAAAUAAAGUCUACGUUCAAUCGGACACGCUGGUGGGCGAUACGACUCAUCAGGCCGGGGUGGUGCUGGCGGAAAUAGUGAAGGCGAACAUCCCGGUGCGCAACGGUGUCGUUCAUCUGAUACAGCGACCGCUCAUGGUCGUCGACAGCACCGUGAAGGAUUUCCUGGAGUCCUUCAAGGGCAUCGAAAAGGAGGACGGACCGGUGUACAAGUUUUACGAAACCAUCCGCGAUUUCGGGGACGAUAUCAUGUCCUCCAUCAAUCACCUGACUGACGUUACCCUCUUCGCGCCCAGCAAUGACGCGUUGGAUGAGCCGGGCGUAAAGCAGAUGCUGCAGGACAAGAAACGCAUCAAGGAAAUCCUCAAGCUUCACUACGUCAAGGAACGGUUAACCCUCGAGAAGAUCAAGGACAAGAGUGUCAGCCAGAAAUCAUUCGGCGGGAAGCCGUCGCACGUCGGGGUGCCGACCGCCGCCGAUAAGAAGAAGCUCUACUUCAACGUGGUGCAGGGACCGAGGGAGAAUCAGACCGUCACCGUGGAGGGCGGCGGCGUGAACGCCACCAUCAUCACCCCCAACAUCGCCGCCACCAACGGGAUUAUCCAUAUAAUCGACAGGGUUCUCGGGGUGCCCUACACCACCGUCCUCGACAAACUCAGGACCGAUCCGAUGCUCAACUCGACCUACUUGCUGGGCCAACGACGCGGAUUCAACGAUCAGCUGAACGACACGACGAAACGGUUCACGUACUUCGCCCCGCUCGACUACGCCUGGAAAGAGGCGUCGAAUAACUAUCCGUCGACCACCAAGAAGCUCUUCAUGCCCGAGUACAGUUAUCACACGAAGCAGAUAUUGGAGCGGCAUCUCGUAAUAGCGGACCAGGCGUUCACGAUGGCGAAGCUGAGAGAGAUCAGCAACGACACCCUCUUUCUCCCAGCGGCCAGGGACAUUCUGAAGCUACGCGUUAAGGAGUACGGCGAAACUGAGAAGCACGACGAAAACGCAAUCCGUCCAGAAGUAUCCGGCUACACACUGGAGUGGGAGGGCAAGAGGAUCCGCGUAGUCCGUCCGGACGUCGAGUGCACCAACGGCAUCAUCCACGUGAUCAGCGCCGUGUUCCUCAAGGACAGCGACGUCCGGGUGACGGGCGGCGCGUCACUGGCCACCCUCGCGCCCCACCUAAUCAUGAUCCUGAUAGCCAAGUGGCACCUGUAAAAACCCUCAUCGCGUCGCAUCGUCUCGCAUCUGCGGCAGAUGCGUCUAUAGGAAUUUCUCCUUGGGGUCCCGUCUCCGAUCGUCCUCGAGCGGCG